AUGGGCAGCCGGCCCCGCAGCCCCAGCGCCUACUCUGUGGACCGGUGGGGACCUCAGGCCGAGGGACCCGGCCCUGCCAAGCGCCGCCGAACCAACGAGCCCUCGGACCCCGAGUCUGAGGCAGCGUCCAGCCCGGACAACCUGACCAGGCCCCGGGCCGCGGACGCGCGCACCUCUGUAGUGGUUCUGGAUGCCGACUGUGCCUUAUACCUGCCCCUAGACGACGUUGACCUGGUGCUGGAGCCCGAGGCUACGUCUGUGCAGCGAGUAUCUCUCAGAGAUCACACCGUUAUGGUGGUCCCCGAAACCCUCCUGGCCUCCGUAACUGAAUGCUUGGGAGGACAAGGCCACUCAUCUCUCGGCCUAGAACAGGGAGCUCUUCUGAGCGCUCCCGGGGAGUAUAUCGCCCUCGAGCAGGGAUUCUUCUACGGAUCUGUCCCAGAGAUCGCCGCACAAGAAGAGGUUUACGAGGAGGAUGUGGACGCCGAGUUCCUGCCGCCUGGAAUGGAAGCUGCAGCCGGCUCAGUCGCUGGGCUCCGCUCCCCUGCAAGAAGGGCAUCUGACCCCGACAUGUUGGGCCUAGUCCCAGAGCCCUCACCUCGGGCCUCCAACCCUACCCACAAGCGUUCAUCCACCUACAAACACUGGCCAUAUCCCCCAGAGGGGCUAGAGCCACCAUCCAGCAAAGCUCCACAUGAGUCCAGGGUUGUCAUCAACUAG